CCGCGGUAGUGGCGGUUGCAGCCCCCGCUCGAGGCUCGAGGCUCGGCCUAGUGGUGCGCUCAGGGCCGAAGGGAAGGAGCUGCUGCUGUCUCUGCCGGGGCGAUGCCGGUGACGAAAGUAAAGGGUCGCCCUUUCUGUUUCAGCGUGAAAGGCCAAGUGAAGAUAAUACGGCUGGCACUAACUGUGACAUCUAUGACCCUUUUUAUUAUCGCGCAAGCACCUGAACCAUACAUUGUUGUCACUGGAUUUGAAGUUGUCGUUGUUUUAUUUUUCAUAAUUUUAUAUAUGCUCAGACUUGAUCGCUACAUGACCUUCUUAUUUUGGCCUUUGCUUGAUGUCGUCAACUCACUGGUUACAGUGACAUUUAUGAUCAUCAUAGCCGUGCUGGCGCUGCUACCAGAAACCACACUGUCCACAGUCCUGGGAGGGGUGUUUGGAUUCCUGGCAGCAGUGUCCUGUCUCGUGGAUGCAGCACUUAUUUACCGGAAACUUCUAUUUAAUCCCGGUGGUCCUUAUAAGAAGACGUCUGCGCAUAACCGAAUAUAAAUUUUGUAUUUUUAUGUUCCUUUUUAGUUGAGGCUAAGCAUUAAACGUAUGUCUUUAUUCUUAC